ACUCAACAUCAAUACCCUUUCCAACUAUCCACAAAUGAACUACUAGCACAUAAAAACUUUUUGGAUGACUAUAAAGAAGAAAUAUCAUCUUCAAUGUAUGAAUCUGCCAAAUUAUAUUCACCAGACUUGAACCUCAUAUAUCAACAACCAGAAUUGAAACCUUACUUAAGAACAAAUUUAUUAGAAUUCCUAUUGAAAAUUUCAAUCAAAACAAAAGUUUCUAAUGGGAUUUUCUUUCAAAGUGUUCGAAUCUUUGAUAGAUAUUGUUCCAAAAGAAUCGUUUUAAAAGACCAGGUUCAAUUGGUACUUGUCACUUGUCUUUGGUUAAGUGCAAAGACUUAUGGUGGUUGCAACCAUAUCAUCAACAAUACAAAUGUCCCAACUGGUGGGAGAUUCGAUGGUCCAAAUCCAAGAGCAAGAAUCCCAAGAUUAUCUGAAUUGGCCCAGUUAUGUGGAACAAAUUCAUGUGAUGAUUCUUUAAUCUUUGAUGAAAAUAUGAUUAUUCAAAUGGAAAGACACAUCUUAAACACUUUGAACUGGGAUGUUUGUGAACCUCAAUUAAACAAUUGGUUAUUAAAUUUUUAUGAAAAUAAUUAUUUACAAUUUGAACAAUCUUUACAAUUUAAUGAAAAAUGUGAAAUAAUAAAUUUGAAAAAAUUCCUUUCAGAAAUUUCAAUAUUUGAACAUAAAUUAAUUGAAUUACAUCCUUCUCAAUUAUCUCACAUCAUUUUGGAAAUACUCUCC